AUGCCUCCGCGACGGAAACGGCUCCCUGCGAGUCCAUUUGCACGGGGAUACACACCCCAAAUGAGAGCGGCCGUGGACCGAAUUCCAAUCCCAAACGAAAUUAAAUGUUGCGUCUGCAAGCGGCAUCGCCCACAGUCCCAGUACUCGAAAAACCAACUGGGCUACCUCCGCCGGGCAAUGUUCGAUCUUGGCUACAAUAGCGUCUAUGACCAGCAGGUUGCUAAGUGUGGCCCAUGCACGAAUGCCCAGGUUUGUGAGGAGCUCUGUCAUCGUUGCGGUCACUACCGUGCCAUUGACCAAUUCGCCAGAAACCAACGCAAUCGCGACAGUCCGAUCUGCCAGCCCUGCAUGAACUACCAGAUGUCCCUCGAUCCUGCCGAUCAACCUCUGGCGAUCACGGACAAGGCUGUGGUUGAGGAUCAGGUAGAGGAGGAUGAUGAGGAUGAGGAAGAGGAGCUCAACUCUGAUUCUGUGGCUCUGUCUGGAUCCGUCGGACAGCCCGAGUCUGUCGAUAUCUUUGGCUCUACUGGUCAGCCCGAGAGUUUGGAGCAGGGCAUCGAGACAGCCCUCGUCCUGCACGAUGAUUCCACUGAUAGUGAUGGCAAUGAGAGCCGGAACGGAUUUGCAAGAGUCAAGGCGCACCGUCCUCGUCAGGCACCUGUCCCUGAGCCCGAGCCCGCCCCAGGCUGGGCAUCCGGUACUCGCAAGAUCAAUGAUGGCACUCCUUGGAAAGGAGGAAGGUAUCUCUAA